CAUACCCUCAGGAGAGUGGCGAUAGGACGGGGAGGGCGGGGCGAGCCGGCCCCCCGGCUUGGGGGCCCGGGAAGAUCUGAGGUGUGAGCAGCCAGGUGGUAGUUGGGCCCGCCACCUCGUGUGUGGAGGGAAGGAGGAAAGCCAGGAAAUAAAGAGGCAAAACGGAGCGAUGCUGAUCUCAGGAAGAACGACGAGACUUUCUUAGCCCUGGCUGAGCCACGGAGCACACAGUGCCAAGUGUGACUUACAGUGAAAGCCUAAUCCAUCCAGGAAUGCUGUUGAAUGUGAGCUCCCUGCUCGCCAUUCUGGAGCCUCUAGGACUGAGCUGGAGUUUGGGGGCCAUAGGGUGAUAGGGCCAUUUGGACCCCAGCGAUUGGUUCCCUGAAGGGGCCAGAACAAAUAGCUACUGAGCUUCACUCCACCCUCACUUCCUCAUCUCACCUCAGCCACUUACAGAGCCAGACCCUCAGCCUCUGCCCAGCUCCAGACACACAACUUCUCCAGGCGACUCUGCCUCGGAACAGGGAUUGCUUCUCUAGCUAACCCUGGACGAUGUCACUUGGUGGAGGAGGAGGACUGUGAGACUUUGGCUGGGAGCCAGGUUGUAGCCACUUGUCUGCCACUGCUCAGGCCAGUGGCAGCCCAGAGCCCAGGCACAGCAAGUGGCUGCAGGUCACAGACACAGUAAGGAUAUGAAUGUGGGGGUGAGCACCUCCUCUCCCCUCCCCCCACCCUCAGACACAAGCGUUGUCACAUCCACCUUUUCCACCGUGGACUAUGUGGUCUUCAUCUUGCUGCUUGUUCUCUCCCUCGCCAUUGGGCUCUACCAUGCCUGUCGUGGCUGGGGCCAGCAUACCAUUGGCCAGCUGCUGAUGGCAGACCGCAAAAUGACCUGCUUUCCUGUGGCACUGUCCCUGCUGGCCACCUUCCAAUCAGCCGUGGCUAUCCUGGGUGUGCCGUCCGAGAUCUACCAAUUUGGGACCCAGUACUGGUUCCUGGGCAUCUCCUAUUUCCUGGGGCUGCUGAUCCCUGCACACGUCUUCAUCCCUGUCUUCUACCGCCUGCAUCUCACCAGUGCCUAUGAGUACCUGGAGCUCCGAUUCAAUAAAGCUGUGCGGGUUUGUGGGACCGUGACCUUCAUCUUUCAGAUGGUGAUCUAUAUGGGGGUUGUGCUCUAUGCACCAUCAUUGGCCCUCAAUGCAGUGACUGGCUUUGAUCUGUGGCUGUCAGUGCUGACCCUAGGCAUUGUCUGUAGCGUCUACACUGCUCUGGGUGGGCUGAAAGCAGUCAUCUGGACAGAUGUGUUCCAGACACUGGUCAUGUUCCUAGGGCAGCUGUCAGUUAUCAUCGUGGGGUCAGCCAAGGUGGGCGGCUUGGGGCAUGUGUGGGAUGUGGCUUCCCAGCAUGGCCGCAUCUCUGGGAUUGAGCUGGAUCCAGACCCUUUUGUGCGGCACACUUUUUGGACCUUGGCCUUUGGUGGCGUCUUUAUGAUGCUCUCCUUAUAUGGGGUGAACCAGGCUCAGGUGCAGCGCUACCUCAGCUCCCGCACGGAGAAGGCUGCUGUGCUCUCCUGCUAUGCAGUCUUCCCUUGCCAGCAAGUAGUCCUCUGUAUGGGCUGCCUCAUUGGCCUGGUCAUGUUCGCCUACUACCAGGAGUAUCCCAUGAGCACCCAGCAGGCUCAAGCAGCCCCUGACCAGUUUGUCCUGUAUUUUGUGAUGGAUCUCCUGAAAGGCCUCCCAGGCCUGCCUGGGCUGUUUGUUGCCUGCCUCUUCAGUGGCUCCCUCAGCACCAUAUCCUCUGCUUUUAAUUCACUGGCAACUGUUACGAUGGAAGACCUGAUUCGACCUUGGUUCCCUCAGUUCUCUGAAGUCCAAGCCACCAUGCUUUCCAGAAUCCUCGCGUUUGGCUAUGGGCUACUUUGUCUGGGAAUGGCCUAUAUUUCCUCCCAUUUGGGACCCGUGCUUCAGGCAGCAAUCAGCAUCUUUGGCAUGGUUGGGGGUCCGCUGCUCGGACUCUUCUGCCUUGGGAUGUUCUUUCCUUGUGCUAACCCUCCUGGUGCCAUCGUGGGCCUGUUGGCUGGACUCAUCAUGGCUUUCUGGAUUGGCAUUGGGAGCAUAGUGACGAGCAUGGGCUCCAGCAUGGCACCCUCUCACCCUAAUGGGUCCAGCAUUUCCCUGCCGAGCAAUCUGACCACUGUCACCAUGACUACCCUGAUGCCCUCGACCACCCUCUCCAAGCCUGCAGGGCUGCAACAUCUCUAUUCCCUGUCAUAUUUAUGGUACAGCGCUCACAACUCUACCACAGUCAUUGUGGUGGGCCUGAUUGUCAGUCUGCUCACUGGGGGAAUGCGGGGCCGGACCCUGAACCCUCGGACCAUUUACCCAGUGUUGCCCAAACUCCUUGCCCUCCUGCCCAUGUCCUUUCAGAAGCGACUUCACUGCAGAAGCUGUAGCCAGGACCUCUCCAUGGACACUGCUAUGUUUCCAGAGAAGAUGAGUAAUGGGAUGCUGAGGGGCAGCAGAGACAAGGAGGCCAUGGCAGUGCCUGAGGAAGGCUCAGCGCACCAGGCGAGCAGCCCCACCUUCAUCCUCCAGGAGACCUCACUGUGAUCUGGACUCAGGACCCAGGCCCAGAGACCACCCUGUGUUAUAGGGAUGAGUUACUUGAUGUGUUCUGCAGAGACUAUCAGGGACUGACUGACCAGAUGACUUAGUUCUCCAGGCCCCACACCAAAGACUUUGUUCUUAGGGGUUCAUACUGCACUAGAAGCUGUCAUGUCACGGGAGGUGUGAGGGUAUGACGUGGUUUUUCCUUGUCUCUUGCUAGUUUGUUCUGUAAAGGACCAGACUUGCAGGAGGCAAGAUUUUUCCAGAAAAGGGGACAGAAGUGAUUCCUUUGGGAAAAGGAUAAUGGCUUCUGACUUCAUAUGGCCAAGUUCCUUUGAAGUGAAUAGAAGCAGCAGUGCUGGUUAUAACUGCUUGGGGGCCCAAUUUGGCAAGAUUGACCAUCUCCACCAUAAAGCUCAACGUUGCCUCACCCAGCUGUUGUUUCCCUUUCAGUUCCAUCUAAGCACAGAUGCUGUCAGCCGUAAAGGGCCCCUGUGACUGCUUUCAGGUUGUCUGUGACACCCAGACCCCUCUCAUUCUUAUCUGUCUACCUCCAUUCUUGAGAGGUUUUGGUGUCCCUGAGAGGCCUCUUGGAAUAGACAGGUACAUCCCUCUCCUUUAUGUAAAGUAGGGAACCUUUACACCUCGCUGCCCCCACCCUCCACCUCUGUAAUGGCACUUGGGGAUGGGGCAGAUGUUGAUCAAAGAAACUAGGGCAUGACCAGGUCCAGUGUGGAGUGUGCGAUCCAUCUGACUCCUGAGCCAUGCCAGCCUAGUGUCUUUUUGUCAUUCAUGCUUCCAUUUCCUUUUGGAGUUUCUUCCCACAUGUCUUUGUUCCUAGGGAAUAAAAACUGCCAUUGGACUUAGAA